UCAGGCAAGCCCAACUCAAGAUCCAUCCCUCUGGAAUGGGAAGAUACGUAUGGAAAUGCCCUGCUCUCUGGAGUGAGGUAUAAGAAGGGUGGCCUUGUGAUCAAUGAUACUGGACUGUACUUUGUGUAUUCCAAAGUGUACUUCCGAGGUCAGUCCUGCAACAACCAGCCCCUGAACCACAAGGUCUUCAUGAGGAACUCUAAGUACCCCCAGGAUCUGGUGCUGAUGGAGGAGAAGAUCAUGAAUUACUGCACUACUGGGCAGAUGUGGGCCCACAGCAGCUACCUAGGGGCAGUGUUCAAUCUUACCAGUGCUGACCAUUUAUAUGUCAAUGUAUCUGAGCUCUCUCUGGUCAAUUUUGAGGAAUCUAAAACAUUUUUUGGCUUAUAUAAGCUCUAA